GUAAGUUCGUCCAUUUCCGGUAAAAUCCGCUUUUCAUUUUUCAUGAUCGACAAAUCUAUCUGCAGUUGAUUUAAUCCACUCGCAGCCCCGAACAAUCGAGCAAAGACUGAUGGAUGAAUACAUUUUUUUAAAAAAAACAGCGCGAUUUUUGCUGCGAUUUCUACAAGCGAGGCCACUUCAUAGUUUCAUAUGUUUUGUCAAGCUAGUUGUCCGAAUUUAAGUUACGUCUAACAUUAUGACUACAAAGAAACUGGCCAGAGAAUUAGGAUUAUUGAGGCAGCGGAGUCAGUCCUCUAAUGGGUCCAAGAAAUCACUGGUAUCCAAUCAAAUAUUUUCAUACCUGAUUGUGAUUGACUUUGAGUCCACUUGCUGGAGAGAGAAGAACAACUACGGCCAGGAAAUCAUUGAGUUUCCUGCUGUUCUCCUGAACACAUCCACAGGUGAGGUCGAGUCAGAGUUUCACACUUAUGUUCAACCUCAAGAGCACCCCAUUCUGUCAGACUUCUGCACUGAGCUGACUGGGAUUACACAGAUGCAAGUUGAAGCAGGGAUCCCCCUGCAGAUCUGUCUUUCCCGGUUCAGCCGCUGGCUGCAAAACCUGCAGCUCAAUAUGGGCGUGGUCUUUUCCAAUAUACAACAGAGAACUUCUGCAACUACAGCUUCUCAAAAACUGUGUACUUUCCUCACAUGGUCAGACUGGGAUCUUGGAGUUUGUUUGCAGUACGAGUGCAAACGCAAGCAGCUCCAUAAACCUGAUGUGCUCAACAGCUGGAUAGACCUGAGAAGCACCUACAGGUUGUUUUACGACAGGAAACCCAAAGGCCUGAACGGGGCUCUGCAAGAUCUAGGAAUACAGUUUUCGGGGCGAGAACAUUCUGGUUUGGAUGAUGCCCGAAAUACAGCUCACCUGGCAGCGAGGAUGAUGAGGGAUGGGUGCGUCAUGAAGAUCACUAGGAGCCUGGUGAGGACCCCAUUAAUGGCCAAACCAAUGCAUGGAAACACAACUGCAGACAACAAAGAAAAAUCCACCACCAAUAAAGAGGAAAACACAUUGACCACAAACAACCCUUCAGUGUCCAACAUUCCUCCCAAAUCAUGUCAGAUGAAAUUGGGGUCAGGGGUAAUCAGAGGGGGUUCUGAUCCAAAGGACAACAUGAGUCCAGUUCAGGAAUCUGUUCAAAUCUGUCAAAGCCUGAUCUCUCCAAAGACAUUGCUGAAUGGUUCAACUACGCCACUAUGGGGGAGGUCAGCCACAGCAAAGGCUGCGACGAAUAUCCCCUCUUUGGUGAUGAGAAAUUGUCCUUCAUCACAUGAUGAUAAUAGCAACAACAGCCUUGUUCUGUGUUUCACUACAGUGGGCUGCCUUUCAAAUCAGCCUCAGACAAAACAGCCCUCAAAAAUAGGAGAAAAAGUUGGACUUGUGGAGGAAGAGGAAUGUGCAGAGCUCUUAGUGGAAACAGAGGACAGGUGUGGUUCAUACGAUGAUGUGGUGUUGGAGGGGGACGAUGGUGUCAUAAGUGAAACGGAGAGAGAAUCUGAUAUCGACUAUGUGUCAGAUUUUGACAGCGGAUGUCACGUGUGGGAAGAGUCUGAUAAUAGACAUUCAACAGGCGGUCAGGUCACAAUAAGGGAUGACACGAGAGAAACAGUGAGGGCUGACAACAACUUUAAAACUCAAAACAUGACCUCAUCAACAACUUCUCUCUCUACAAAAAAGAUGAAAUUCAGUGUUAAUAUGUUUAGUCACUUGGAUGAGAUCAGGCAGCAUUCAACAAUCUCGGAGACCAAAUCUUGUUUUGCUGUGCCUAAAACUCCAAAAUCCAAAUUGAACCAGCGCAAAACAGGACUUAAAACCUCUGUAGGAGUUCAAGGAAAGCUCAGUGAGCCUCGUGAUAAUACUGAAACAAACACACCCUUUCCAUUCAGGCACCAUCCCUUCAUGCCAGAGAAGACCUCCACUCCCAAUUCCUCAUUUGCCAGGCCCAAAGCAGUCAUCACACCACACACAAGUAACAAAAAGACUCCACAAUCUUCCUUUACCAUCUACACUUCCCCAGGAAACUCCUCCCGUACCUCCUCAUCUGUCCCCUUUAACGCCUCCAAGACUGUCCUCUCCUCGUUGUCAACCAACACACUCUCCUCACGCACCAUCCAGUCCUCCUUUUCUGUACCAAUGAAAGGAGGACAGAGGGUAACAUCCCCGCUGUGUGGAUGUGGGCGCCGCGCAAAGCGUCAGGUCGUGUCAAACGGUGGUCCGAACCAGGGGCGAGGGUUUUAUUGCUGUCCUGUUCGCCGGUCGGGCAGUGGAGGCACGAUCCAGAAGGGAUGCGAGUUCUUUAAGUGGGAGUCCGCUCUGGUGAAGAGCAGCUCAGUGGCCUCUCCUGCUGUCAGGUCAUCGGUGUCACUCUGUCAGAUCAACUCAACUCUGAGCUGUCGUCCACCCCAGAGGUCAACAAUAAGAAAGAGCUAUUAACUUGUUGAAGAAAAGAAGGCUGCUUCAGUCGCAUAGAAGAGUCCUUGAUCAUUGAAUUUUGUUUUUUAACUUAUCAUUUUCUACACUGUGUGAAAGUAAAAUCAGACAUUUCUUUCUGUUGUUGCUAUACCCACAAGCACAGGGGAGGUCUCUCCUUGUAAACUACAUACAGGAGAAAAAAGUCAAAGCUGUUAUUUGUAUUGAUGUAAUGAAUGCUUAAUUUAUUGAUUCUGUUGUGGACAAUACAUUUGCUUUUAUCAAUUUAAAAUGCCACCUAAAAUCUAAUUGCUUUUUAACAUCCUUAUAAAUCCAAUAUUUUGAAAAGUUUACGCAUGAUGUUAAAUGUUGCUUGGUAAGUGACCGGUUGUACACUACUUAUCACGAUGCAUUGUGGGAUAGUCUGAGUGCACUAUAUAGAGUAUAAUAUUUCCCACUAGACAUUCGGACAGCGCUACAAAUGGGCGUAGUCACUAUGUAGUGCACUAUAUAGGGAGUAGUGAGUGAUUUCGGACACAGCCCACCUGUUUACACUUUUUAGGACAUAAGGGGCGAAUGAGCUUGAAUGAAUAAUGACAAGUAAUGAAAUGAAUGACUGUGAUGCUCAUGAAAUGGAUUUUAUUGAUAAAUAUCAUUGAUGAACACUGAUAAGAAACUUCUUUUUCAAUGUGUUGUCUAGUAAAUGUACCAUUUUUAAAAUGUUAAAUAAUAAAGUGCCUGUUUUACUGAUCAUG